GACAUGUCAUGUACCUACAAAAGAAUCGUUUUGUUUUGUGAUUGUGAUUUUGUCGCUUUGGAUAUUUUAAUUAAUAAAUAAUUAUAUACAAUGUCUUCCGAUGAACAAAAAGAUAUCAUACAAUAUGUCCCAUUUAUGUCUUUUGUACACCCGUCGUUUUGGCAUACUUUAACUGAGGUUAAAUUGGAUGUGGAUAAAUUGAACGAGACUACCAAACAUAUUUUUGGGCGUUUCACUUACAGAGAAGACAUAGGAUCAGUCUUUGAAGUUGAUGGAACAUCUUUUAACAGCACGCCACAAGAAGAACAAUUUUUUCAAAAUGUUACUGGCAUUAUAAUGAAUAAGAAUACUGUUGAAGAGUUCAAAAAUAUUGAUAAAGCUGGUCUAUUAAACUCAGUGGGACAGCAGUUUUGGACAAAUAUAAAGAAAAAGUUGUGGAUUGCAGACCCCAGUUCUUUACUCAAUUUCAUUAUUUUGUCAUUUGCUGAUCUAAAAAAAUUUCACUAUUAUUAUUGGUUUGCGUUUCCUGCACCAACUCAUCCAAUUGUUCAUAUGAAAGAAAAGAGCAAAUCUAUAGCUGAACACUUCAAUAACCAGCAAACUGAAGAUAUAGCAACUGGCUACAAAGGUCUAGAUUCUGAACAGAAAUCAUUCUGUAUAGUGACCAAGAAGAAUGAUAAAGUUUCAGUAUUACCAUUGUGUAAAGUAUUGCACAAAGACUACUGCAGUUUAAGUAAUGAAUUGAACAAUUUAUAUUUCUGUUUUGCUGAUUCAAGCAAUACUGGAAACCCUGGUUGGCCGUUAAGAUUGUUUUUAGCCGCAUUACUAGAUCACUAUCCUGAUUUUGCUGGUAAAGUGGCUCAAAUAUUGGCAUUAAGAUGCAGCAAUGGCGGGGGAAUUCAUAACAGUCAGAUCUACACAAUUCAUAUUCCUAAGAACAUACAGCCUGCUGAUAGUGCUGGUUGGGUAGGUUGGGAGAGGAAUGACAAGGGGAACUUUGGGCCCAAGCUUGCAAAUAUGUCUGCUUCUAUGGACCCAAUGAAAUUGAUAGACACAUCUUCGGACCUGAACAUCAAGCUGAUGAAGUGGCGGCUGGUGCCAGACCUGGACGUGGACGUGAUGAAGACCACCAAGUGUCUGCUGCUCGGCGCCGGCACGCUGGGCUGUCACGUGGCACGCGAUCUUCUGGCUUGGGGAUUCCGCCACAUAACGUUCAUAGACAACGGAAAAGUGUCAUAUUCGAACCCGACACGGCAAGUUCUGUUCACAUACCAAGACUGCAUCAACGGCCGGGGGAAAGCGGAGGCCGCGGCUGAGAAUCUCAGAAAUAUAAUGCCCACUGUUAUAACCAAAGGUCUUCCUGCCCACAUCCCGAUGCCAGGCCACCCAGUAGGGGAUUCCCUCAGAGAGGAAACUAUUUCCAACGUGAAGAUUCUCACGGACGCCAUUACAGAACACGACGUCAUCUUCCUUUUGCUCGACACGAGAGAAGCAAGAUGGCUGCCAACGCUUAUUGCCGCUCAUUAUGGAAAGAUAGUAAUAAAUGCAGCGCUGGGUUUCGAUAGCUACUUGGUGAUGAGGCAUGGAGUCGCGGGCGCCACAGCCCCAGCGACUGUACACUGCGAACGCAUCCCGGGCACGCGGUUGGGCUGCUACUUCUGUAAUGACGUCACUGCGCCGCGAGACUCAAUGAAAGACAGAACCCUGGACCAGCAGUGCACGGUGACGCGGCCGGGCGCGGCAGCCGUCGCAGGCGCAUUGGCGGUUGAAUUACUUGUGACGAUGCUGCAACAUCCACUUAGACUAGAUGCGCCAGCAGCUUACAAUUUAAAUGAAGAAACUGAAAAUUCUCAAUCAGAAGGCGUGUUAGGACCAGUGCCUCAUUCCAUCAGAGGGUUCCUCCACUCCUACCAGACAAUACUGCCAACCUGCCCAAAGUUUAAACAGUGUAUAGCAUGCUCGGAAACCGUUAUAGACAAGUAUAGAGCGGAGGGCAUAGAGUUUCUGCUCAAGGUGUUCAAUAGUGGAAGCUAUUUGGAAGAUGUGACUGGUCUCUCAGAGUUGCAUCUGACUGCGGAAAUGACUGAUGUUUUGACUUUGUCCGAUGAAGAAGAUGAAGAAUGAAGCAACCAUUUGUGACAAAUUUCCGAAAACACUUGAUAUUCUUGCUAAAAUAAUACACUCGUAUCGUAUAUUUGCUUCAAAAGCCUCUUAAAAAUAUUUAAUGUAUCUAUAAGAAAGGAAAUGGCGACUGUAUGCAUUUAAAAAUCUUAAAACUAGAAUUGCAGCUUGAUAUGUGAUAUUUAGGUAUAUACUCUUAAUAUUUAAUAAGUGAAACUCGUGUAAAUGCUGAUAAAGUUCUUUAAUAAAUAAAACUAAAUGUUGCAAUAUUAAAA